UAAAACGAAUUUUUUUUUCCCCUAACCAAAGUGAAUCACAACGCAAAAAAAAAAUACAACUGGAAAAUUAGUUUAUCGUUUUCUUCAAUCUCCUUCGAUAAAACUCCAUCAAAAGAUUCAUAUUCUUCUCCAUCAGCCCUUUGAUUUUUCUCUCUUCACAUAAUCAAUUAAGACAAGAAAAGUGAUUGGUGUUUUAAUUAAGAAGAAACAAUAACAAAUGGGUUGUGGAAAAUCAAAACACGAUGUUGUUACGGGAAACACAACAAAGAUCAGAAAGCCUUUGGAAGCUGAUCAAUCAGUGAAGGGUAAAGAGAGCGAGACAAUUAAAAGACAAGAAAGCUGCCGUUGCCGGAAAAAUAACGAUAUUUCCGAUGUAGUUUCUGGCGAGGCUGGUGUAGAAAACAUUACCAAGAAUCCGGAGGAGAAGCAGGAUGAAGGAGGUUAUGAGGAGAAGACGGCGGUGGAGAUGACGACGAAUGAUGACAAGACACCGGAGGACAAGGAAACAACGACCACUUUGUCCCCCGUGGAGGCGGUGGCUGCGAUAGUGCCGGAGAAUAUUACGACGGAGGAGAACGUUAACGACGUGAAUGAGAGCGUUUCGCCGGUUGUGGACGAAUUACAAAAGGGUAUGCAUGAAGAUAAUGAUAUUGAAACGGUGGUAGAAGAAGAGAAAAGUAUAGAGGAUAAUAUUGAUGGUGGUGUUGAUACCCAAGUUCCAUCUACCGAGGUCGAAGAGCCAAAACCGGACGUUGAAAUUCCAGUAACAACCGAAGUAGAAGCUCGAGAUAUUUCAACAACGGAAAAUGAAGAAAUCGAAGCCACGGAAACUGAAACCGCAGUCGCGGAAAAUGAAACCGUGACUGCGGAAAAUGAUGAAACCGUCGAAAUAGAGAAUGAGGAAAUUAUAGCUGUGGAAAAUGAUGAAACCACAGUUGCGGAAAAUGAAACCGUAACUGCAGAAAAUGAUGAAACCGUCGAAAUAGAAAAUGAAGAAAUUGCAACCGCGGAAAAUAGUGAAACCGCAGCCGCGGAAAAUGAUGGAACCGCAGCAGCUGAAGAUGUUGUAGAGGAAACUCCGGCCGAUCUAACAAAAGAAGUUGAGUCGGUAUGAAGAAGCUAAAUUAAAGAAGAGAAUAUACAACACGUUUUAUACUCUACGCAUCAUUAAAUCAUAUAUAUUGCUUCUUUAAAAAAAAAGAGAGAAAAGAAAUAUAUAUUUUUCUUUAUUUAUUCUGUUUAACCUAUUAUGAAAUUCGAAAGAUUUGUAUUUGUUUCACUCAAGCAUUUGAAUCUUUUAAAUGGAAUAAGUCUUUACAUAUGUA